CUCUACUCGAAAAAUCAAUGAAAGCUCAAUCUUUCAAUAUUAUUGUAUUGUAUACCUUUUUAAUUCAAAAUACUCAACUAGUUUGUUCAACGAUCGUGUUUUAUUUUCAAUGUGCUCAAGUUGAUAACAUUGACUCAUUCAAGCCAGGUGCACAACAUUGAGAUCAAAAAAUUUUCAGAAAUGGCAAGUAAUUAUUGAUUAUUAAAAUUGUUGUAUACAAGAUAAGAUUUCUGGGUUGAUGAACGAUUUCUGAAGAAAAAUGGAGAUUAAAUUGAAAUUAUUUGAUGGGAUGAACAAUUUCGAUACUAGCAGUGAGAAAUACAAGUAAUCAUAACAGUUAAUAUUUAGUACUUGAAUACUUCAUUAGGUUCACAUGGCAGCGAUGAAGCAUGGUAAAUCAAACCAAGACGACGUAUGUCACGUUGUUGCAAAAUAUGAUUAUGAAGCUCAAGGGGCUCAAGAACUGGAUUUACGAAAAAAUGAACGUUAUCUUCUACUUGACGAUUCAAAACAUUGGUGGAGAGUUCAAAAUACUCGUGGUCAAGCUGGCUAUGUUCCCAGUAACUAUGUGAAAAAAGAAAAGCCCUCUCUUUUCGAUAGCAUAAAAAAAAAAGUUAAAAAAAGUUCUGGAUCGAAAGCGAUACCCACUGGAAAUUCACCCUCUCGUUUAGUUGAAUCGCCAAUAAUGUCCAGACGCUUACCAACAGAUCCAUCCGAAGCAAUUGGAACUGCCGUUGUAAAAUAUAACUAUCAAGCUCAACAACUUGAUGAACUUUCACUCACAAAAGGAACAAGAAUAUUGAUACUUGAAAAAAGUAAUGAUGGAUGGUGGAGAGGUCAGAGUGGUGCACAAACUGGUUGGUUUCCAUCUAAUUAUACUCAAGAAGAAGGGGAUGCUGAUGAUACGCUCCAUACUUACGCAAUGGCAGAAAACGUACUUGACAUCGUUGUUGCUCUUUAUUCAUUUACUUCAAAUAACGAUCAAGAACUUUCAUUUGAAAAAGGCGAUCGCUUAGAAAUAUUAGAUCGUCCACCAGCUGACCCUGAAUGGUUUAAAGCAAGAAAUGGUCAAGGUCAAAUAGGCUUAGUGCCACGAAAUUACCUUCAAGAAUUGAGCGAAUAUUUAACUCAACCUUAUAGAGAUCGCGCUAGUACUGGUAAUCAUGCAGUAAACACAAGUGGUGAUCAUGGACCCAAUGAUUCAUCUGAUAUGAAAUCAGAUAAGCUUGCAUCUAAUGAUAGUAAUAAUUUAUUAGAUCGACCCCAUUUAAUCGGUAGAGCUUGGUACUAUGGAAGUAUUACUCGUUCUCAAUGUGACACAUUACUUAAUCAACAAGGACAUGAUGGUGAUUUUUUAAUACGGGAUAGUGAAACUAAUAUGGGAGACUAUUCCGUUUCUCUGAAAGCUCCAGGUCGUAAUAAGCAUUUUAGGGUUCACGUGGAAGGUGCCCUUUACUGUAUUGGCCAGAGGAAGUUCCAUACUCUUGAUCAACUUGUCGAUCAUUAUCAACGAGCUCCUAUUUACACCAACAAACAAGGCGAAAAACUCUAUUUAGUGCGACCUUUACCGAAAAUUGUAAAAUCAAAUAGCAAUGGCUGUUGAAAUAUUAAUCGAAAAUAAGUUACAGACAUUAUAUAUGAAGAAUUCCAAAAAGCGACUUACAAAGAAACAAUUAAUUUAUGAUCUAAUGAAACAAAUUAUAUCAUCUUAUGUUAAUCCUUUAGCAUAUAAAAAACUUAGAAAAUAAUUCUUUUGCAUUUAUAACUAGAUGUAUUUCAUACUUAUUUUCACUUUAUUGCGUGAUUUAGAAAUAAAUUUUUGCAUUUUCCAAACAAU